UCCAAGCCAGCUUCCCCCUGUUCGUCGCCGGAGAGUCGCCAUCGGCAAAAGGCUUCGUCGUCCGCCGACUUCGUCGAAGGCAGCCGCCAAAAGGAAGAGAAGCUCCUCGUCGCCGUCGUCUUCGUCUUCGAUUCGGUCCACCGAGCCAGAUCCGCGAAGAGCGAGCCAUGGAUUCGGAGAACGAAAAGCUCCGUAAAGCACUGGCUACUCUGCUCAGAGUUGUUCAAAAGCGUAGUUGUGACAUCGUUGAUGUCGUCACAUCAGCCUUCCAGCCUUUCAACUCACCUUUGGUCGACGAAUUGAACCGAGCACUAGUUGAGAUUGACGACCUCGUCAAGGAUCUUGAAGACGUAGCAGUGCAAACUCAGUGGGAGGUAGAAAAUAUGGCUAAGAGUGAAGUGAAAGAACAUCCACAACAAGAGGAAGCAGUAGAGGACCUUCUCAUACAUGAUGGUUCAGAAGACGAGCUACUGAUAGACGAAGAGUCACCAAUUAACUAUGAAGACCUUGUGGGCUACGACGAUGGUCGUGACUACUCAACCGACGACACAUAUCCGUACUAGUGUUCUAGGUUAAACUUCAGUAGAAGUAUUGUAGCAUGUUUAGGUCUAUGUUCAGCUGUAGUUGUCGGUUGGUAUGUUCAUGCUUUUGGGGGAGUUUAAUGUUCUGGUCUAUGUAAACUGAAUCCGGUUCAGUUACUACAAUAAUUAUUGUGUUAUGUUGGACUAUGUUUGCCUUACUUUAUACCAUGUUACAUGAUGACUACAUGCUCAUUUAUGUCAUGUUUGAUCUGCCUGUAUUCAAUAGAAUGGGUAGUGAUUGGAAC